GAUCAUGAAAACAGACAAACACCUGGUUUAGCUUCUUUCCCCCCCACAUUUGCAGAGAACUGUCAGUAUAGAUCAGUCGCACAUGAUCACUGUCUCUGAAUAGAGUAAAUAUGUCAGGGCUGCUCAUGAUGGCCUUGCUCACUGUCCUUACCCUCACCCUGGAGUCUGACCACUGGACAGCAGGCCCUCCGGAAAAGAUACAGAAUCAUUCCAUCUCUCCCAGGUUCUGUACAUGGCAGUGUUUGAAGUUGACUCUGCAGUGGCCUGGGAGCUUUUGUUUGGGUCUAAAGAAUUCAUCUCAAUGCAGAAUACCUCCAAACAUCCAGAACUGGACCAUCCAUGGACUGUGGCCUUUGAAAGCUCAUACAUGUUGCCGCUGUUGGCCAAUAUUUCACUCUGACCUCAAGGAGCUGGACCCUGAACUCUCUCAACUUUGGCCAUCCCUACUCAAGACCCACUCCAGUUUUCUCUUCUGGAAAGAUGAAUGGAUCAAACAUGGUUCCUGUGCUGCUUGUGUGGAGGGCAUGAACUCUCCUUUGCUUUACUUCCAAAUAUGUCUGAAACUACGCGAGCGCUUCGAUAUUGACCGAGCCUUAGAGGAUGCAGGCAUCAAGCCCUCCUGUAACCAGUCUUAUCAGAGCGAUGAAGUCAAACAUGCACUGGCCCCAGUCAUUGGAGAUGACCCCGGUGUCCAGAUUCAGUGUAUAAAUGAAAAGGGACGAGAAGUGUUGGUCCAGGUGAAGAUCCCUCUGUCUCAAAACCUCACCCUUGGAUGUCUUCACGAAGAGGACCAGGGAACUGAACCUCAACCUACCCAGCUCUGGCACCCCUGUCCUCAUGACUCCCACAUCUUCUACUUCCCUAUAAAACACGACCGCCCACACCAGCCCUGUGACUAGUGUUACGUCUGCCCUCACCACAGACUGGGUUGCCAUGCCAUGCCUGCUGGCUUAACCUAACGAUAAGCAAGUUGUUGAAUUGCAGGGCUUACAUUUUUGAGGUAGAUUACAUUAAGGCACUCAUUUAGUAUAUAGCCACUAUGUUCUUUCAGUAUUUUUCUUCUGCAUGCUUGUGGAGAUAAAAAAAAGACAAAACCCUUUAA